AUGAUAAACGGAGUUUAUCGGAAGUCUGCUCGAUUUUAUCCAUUUCUUCUCGUUCUUGGUAUCUGUUUCAUAAUAACAACACUAUAUAUUCAAAACCAAAAAGCAUCUGGAUAUUUGUCUAAAGUUUCCUCAAGAAACAGAGUGGUUGAAGAACAAGACUCGGUACAACGGAGAGAAAAUCUGAAAAAGGUUCUUGCGAAGACUCAUAAAGGACUUGUUUCAUUAAAUGAGCUGAAUGAGAAUGUUUAUAAAAAGUUUGGAUACGAGAUUACCAGUCCAACUUUACCUGUUCCAACUCUCAAGAUGAUCAAAGAACCAAAAUGUGGAGAGGUGUUCUCCGAAUGGCAGAAAAUCUCUGAACAACCACAACCAGAAUACCCACUGAAAGGAAUCCCAGCUGAAAGAAAAGACGAAUUCCUUCUUUACAAUUACACUGCGGUCAAUGAGUGGUAUAUCAAUGACAAAAAUUCGGAAAAAGGAGAGAAGCCGAGGCUUUGGGAUAAAUUGUCUGAAAUGGUUACAUGGCCAAAGGAGAAAUUGGGAGGACUAGCCUAUGGAACUGAUGGAGUAUCCAUUUAUAAUGCAAUGAAGUUUCAUCGACUGGAUGGAAAGAGUGGAGUUGUCAUUGGAAGUAUGAAGCCUUGGGUGGAAAUUUCAGCUCUUCUUAAUGGAGCCGCUAAAGUAUUGACUGUGGAAUACAACGAGCUGAGGAUUCAAGAUGAGUUCAGAGAUCGAAUGUCUUCGAUCCUUCCCAUCAAUUUUGUGAAGAAUUGGAAAACAUACGCAGGAACAUUUGAUUUUGCUGUCUCAUUCUCAUCAAUCGAACAUUCGGGUCUCGGGCGGUACGGAGAUGCAAUUGAUCCAAUCGGAGAUAUUAGAGAAAUGCUCAAGAUCAAGUGUAUUCUCAAAAAAGGAGGUCUCCUAUUCCUUGGUUUUCCACUGGGAACGGAUGCAAUUCAAUACAAUGCUCACAGAAUAUAUGGCUCAGUUCGACUUGCGAUGAUGUUUUAUGGAUUUGAAUGGCUUGGAACUUUCUCUGGAGACACUGAGCAACCCAAUGACCUCACUUCCGAACGUCUUCAUUCUAAACCUAUAUUUGGAUUCUUUCAAAACACGGUUGUGCUAAGAAGACUAUAUGUUUAUGAGAAGAUACUAAGUCAAACAUCUCUAUGGAACACUUAUAGCGGCGGGGAGACUCGGACUAUUUUCCAAGAUCCUAAUAUCUUUCUCCGUCAAAAUGUUAGAACUCAUAUUGGGGAUAUCAGUUUUUUGGAAUUCAGAGAAGAAUUGUACAAAAAAUACGGGUACGACUUGACAAUUCCUACUUAUCCAUUCGUUACUGUGAAAUCGAAAUACGUUAUGAAUUGCACUUGGGAGUUCUCAGAUUGGCUGGAGCAGCAAAAAAAGCGGUCCAGUCGCCGACCGAGAGCAUACAUUCCUGAUGGUGAGCAACGAGAUUUUCUGAUGAAUAAAUACAGUGGAGUAUCUUAUAAGUAUACUGACGACCGAAAAAAACUCAACAUAACGUACAAAAGUUGGGACAACAUUGCUGACAUUGUGACAUGGCAUGCGAGAGAUGUGCUCAGAUUGGUAGAUAAUAUGUCAGGAAUUUCUAUGCAUUAUGCAAUGAAACACUAUUAUCUGGCAGGAAAAAGAGGAUUAAUUUUGGCAAGUGACCACCCAAUUGUUGAAGUUCAAGCAAUUCAAAAUGGUGCAUCGCGAAUCCUGUCUGUCGGGCAAGUGUCUCGUGAAACUAACGAUAUUUCGUCUCUCUCCCUCACUGAGUUUGCUAACCAGCAUGGAAGAUACAGCCAAUCUUUUGAUUUUGUUGCAACAUAUGGAACAAUCGAGAGUGUUGGUUUGGGGCGAUACGGAGAUGUUCUCGAUGCAUUCGGGGAUCUUCAAAUGAUGGCAAUGUUGGGUUGUUCACUGAAGAAAGGGGGAUUGUUCUUUUUGGGAAUUCCGAUUGGAAGGGAUGCAGUGAUUUUCAAUCAGAAAAGAAUCUAUGGACAUUCUAGGCUACCUAUGUUGAUUGCAGAAUUUGAAUGGAUUGGAACAUUCGGUGAAGACUUCCAAACAUCAACUGAGAUAACAGGGCCGGAAAUCGACAGAUUACAUAAGUUCGACCAUAUGAAAAGGACUUUGGUUUUAAGAAAACUCUAA